CAACAUUGUCCAACCAAAACUCCGCCAAACACCUCAACAGGAACUGACGUCUCCUCUGUGCAAGUGGAUGGAAAAAUGCAGCUGCAAGAAAAAUGGCUCCAAACACCGUACCGCUGAAAGGUGCUUAACACUUUGAUCUACAACCCAUUUGACCACACUGACUUAAAAGCUGUUAUACUUAUGGCUCCUUCCACUUGACAGAAUGGCCCAGAUAUCGAGUAGUGAUGGGUUCAAGCUGGAUGUCCCCCAGCCAAAGGGGGUUGUGGGUAAAGAGGAAGCCCUUCGCAUGGAAGAAGAGGCUUUAGCUAAACUGCAAAAGGAGAAGAGACACGUUUUUUCAGCUUCAAUAUCUUCAUCUGGAGCAUCUUCAUCUUCUUCAAAACCAAAAUCAAUAAAAUCUGACACUACUGCGCCUAAACCUUCACCCUUUACAAAUAAACCUGACAAGGACCUCAUUGUCUUCCCAGAGGCCAAGAAACAGGCAGAACAGGACAAGUUCAGAGAUAUUGAUGUGGAAAAGCUGACCAAUGAGGAGCUUGAAAAGCUCCUGCUUGAUGAAAACUUUGGGGCUAAUAGCCGGGUGUCCCGCCCCUCAUCACUUCUGGGGUUUAACCUUAGUGCUUCCUACCCUGGAGGCCAUGCCUGCAGCCCCUCUCCAUACCAGAGCAGCCUGUGGACAUCUGUUCUAUCCACCACAUCGAGUUCCACUAUGUCCACUACAACCCAUCAGCCCACCCCAAUUUUUCCCUCUGCACCGUUUCCCAAACCAGGCACAUUUCAAAAUGGUUUCACUCCAGCCAUGUCACCCUUCAUGACCCUGCCGGCGCAGCAGCCAUCCUUCAUGGCUUUCACUCCUAUUCAGCCUGCUGCUACCAUGGUCUUCCCACAACCACCAAACCCAGAGAUGGCCAAACUGUUAAACAAGAUUGCCAGCACCUCGGAAUACUUGAAGAAUGGCAGAUCAGCCAGCACUGACCUAGAUUCUUCUCAAGUGGGCACAACCUCUUUGGCACCUAACCCACCACCCCAACAGCCAGCAGCGAUUGAAUCUUCUCAAAUCAGUCGCUUCGACUGGCUGGAUCUGGACCCUCUUACAAAGCGUAAAGCUGAGAAUGAGGAAGCAUCCCUGCCAUCAGGAGGUGCUGGACAGAUGGUACCAGGAGUUAGCGCUGGGGAUCCAUGGGAUGCAGUGCUUGAGACUGAAGGGAACAGUAGUAGUAGUAAUAGCCCCCCUCUUGAGGGGAAAGUAUCACUAUCAGUCCGAUCACAGCACAGGAGAGCAUCAACUGGGGCACCUGUCGCUAGGAGUCACUCACUGAACAUCCCUGGGACUUCCUCCCUGCACAAACCAAACAACCAGGAUAAGGGAAAAGAAAAAGGUCUGGUGAAGAAUGUCGCCCUGGAGGAACAGGACGCUCAGAACCUGGAGAUUGUCGCCUUCUGUAAAGACGUAGCAACCUUGCGUUGCAGAUUCCCUCAUGACGACAUUUCAACCAACCCUGGCUUCGUCCUCAGCCCUGUCAUAACCCAGAGAGAUGGCGGAGGUGACAGUAGCUGCUCUGUCAAGGUUUCUAUCGAAAUCUCUGAAUCUCAGCAACCUGUGACUUUCACCUGUGAUGUGAAUUCUCCAGUGGAGCUGUUGAUCAGUCAGACUCUCUGCUGGGUCCACGAUGACUUGGACCAGGUGGACUUCUCCACUUAUUUGCUCAAAGUCUGUGGUCGGGAGGAAGUGCUGCAGAAUAAACACAGCCUUGGCAGCCAUGAGUACAUCCAGAACUGCAGGAAGUGGGAGAAUGAGAUCACAUUACAGCUGCUCUCUCACUCAACUAUGAGGAGGGACUUGGCACGCAGUGCAGAAGAUGACAACUCUCGAAUCGACCUAGAGAAGCACCUUGCCCAGGUGGAGAGGCCUUUUAAGGAGAAUGUUACCAGACAAGGCCUUGUUGACUACUUGGAGGGCUAUCACAAUCAAGUCAACAUUUGUUCACAAAAUGAGAGUACCCAAUACAAGACUGUGGACCGAGUGGUGCAGACUGUGAAGAACUUGUGCUGCGCUCUAGAUGAGGUGGAAACUCAGGCCAUUACAGAGGCAGUUAAACGACUACGUCACUCUGUCAAUUUAUCAAGGACACGCUCCCCUAAGAUGGGAUCCACAUCGUCUGGUCAAGCAUCAAAUGGUGUCUCCAGUCCUGUUGAGGAGAGCAUGGCCUUGCUAACCAAGGCUGUCUAUGACCUGGCCAAGCUCUACCUGCGCUCCUUCUGUCCUCCGUCAGCCUCCUUCAGCUCCCUUUCGUUACCACAGGCUGCAGAUGGUGGGGAGGUAGUGGAGAUAGUAGAGGAGCGGAGCAGCACAGAAGCUUCAGGCUCCACAGACCACCUUCAGUUCACUCUAUUCGCCUUGCAUGGCAUCCCGGGCAUCUGGGUCAGCAGUUAUGAGAAGUACUUCCUGGUGUGUUCUCUAACCCACAAUGGGAAGAACCUGUUUAAACCAGUCCAAUCCAAGAGAGUGGGCACAUACAAAAGCUUCUUCUACCACAUCAAAUGGGAUGAACUAAUCAAUUUCCCCAUAGCAGUAGCUGUACUCCCACUGGAGUCUGUUCUGAGCCUGACUCUGUUUGGGGUGCUGAAUCAAAAUGCCAGUGGCUCCCCCGACUCCAACAAACAGAGGAAAGCUCCAGAGCUUCUGGGCAAAGUUUCCAUGCCCCUCUUUGAUUUCAGAGGAGUGCUUGCACGGGGUACCAGGCUGUUGUGUCUGUGGACAUCUGCACAGGGUGCCGCUGCUGCUGCUACUGGGCCUGCAGGUAGCCGCAAGAGGGUACCCACAGAAAGAAUCAUAUUACAGGUGGAUUUCCCAGACUCAGCAGUGGAUAUUUUAUAUGUGGGACCCAAGAUGGCCCCCAGCCCUGAGCCCCACACACUGGAGGAGCUGGACCCAGACCUUCGACGCAAGCUGGAGAAAAUCUGCAGCCGAGCCUCCAAUUUCGGGCUGAAGCGGCCAGAUCACCAGCUCCUAUGGGACCAUCGACUCCACUGUAGGAAGGACCACCCCAGCAGCCUCCCCAAGGUGUUGGCCAGUGCACCCAGCUGGGACUGGGCCAGUAUGGCACAAAUUCACUCCCUGCUGCACCACUGGCCCACCCUGCCCCCUGUCACUGCGCUGGAACUGCUCGACUCAAAGUUUGCAGAUACAGAGGUGAGAAGCGUGGCUGUAAGUUGGAUUGAGAAGAGCAGUGAUGAUGAGCUGGCUGUCUAUCUGCCUCAGCUAGUACAGGCAAUAAAGUUUGAGUGUCACCUAAAGAACGCACUCGUCAUGUUCCUGCUAUCCAGAGCACAAGGCAACAUCAAUAUAGCCCACUACCUCUACUGGCUGUUAAAGGAUGCUGUGCAGGAUCCAACCUGGGGACAGCGCUAUGAACGGGUGCUGGGUGCCCUGCUGUGCCUGUGUGGCGGCAGACUGAGGGCAGAGCUGGAGCAACAGACUCACCUGGUCACUCUUCUGGGAGCUGUGGCCGAGAGGGUCAGACAAGCGGGCGGAUCUACGCGACAGGUAGCACUGCAAGAAGGUCUUGAAAAUGUCCAGAACUUUUUCCAGAGGAACCACUGCCGACUGCCCCUCAGCCCCAGUCUGGUGGCCAAAGAACUAAACAUAAAGGCCUGUUCCUUCUUCAACUCCAAUGCAGUUCCCCUCAAGCUGGCCCUGGUCAACGCUGACCCCCUAGGGGAGGAGAUUAAUGUCAUGUUUAAGGUGGGAGAGGACCUGAGGCAGGACAUGCUGGCUCUUCAGAUGAUUCGCAUUAUGGACCGCAUCUGGCUGCAGGAGGGGCUGGACCUCCGCAUAGUCAACUUUAAAUGCAUCUCCACUGGCAAGGACAAAGGUAUGGUGGAGCUGGUACCAUCCUCUGACACUCUCAGAAAGAUUCAGGUGGAGUAUGGUGUCACUGGAUCCUUUAAGGACAAACCACUGGCAGAGUGGCUUCGCAAGUACAACCCAGCUGAGGAUGAGUAUGAGAAGGCAUCAGAGAACUUCAUCUACUCCUGUGCUGGAUGCUGCGUUGCUACCUAUGUACUUGGCAUCUGUGAUCGCCACAAUGACAACAUCAUGCUACGCUCCACUGGUCACAUGUUUCACAUUGACUUUGGCAAGUUCCUGGGCCAUGCCCAGAUGUUUGGCAGCUUCAAAAGAGACCGAGCUCCAUUCGUUUUGACCUCUGACAUGGCGUACGUCAUCAAUGGAGGUGAACGUCCAACCAGUCGCUUCCAGCUGUUCGUAGACCUAUGUUGCCAGGCCUACAACCUCAUCCGCAAGCACUCCGGGCUUUUCCUAAAUUUGCUGUCUCUGAUGAUGUCGUCUGGCCUCCCAGAGCUGACAGGCUCUCAGGAUUUAAAGUAUGUUUUUGAUGCCCUGCAGCCCCACAACACAGAUGCUGAGGCCACCAUCUUCUUCACAAGACUUAUAGAGUCCAGUCUGGGAAGCGUGGCCACCAAGUUCAACUUCUUCAUCCACAACCUUGCCCAGCUCCGAUUUUCUGGCCUUCCAGCCAAUGACGAACCAAUCCUGACUUUCUCUCCGAAGACAUACACUCUGAAGCAGGAGGGACGGAUCCUCCAUGCCUCCAUCUUCUCCUUCCAGAAGCGAUACAACCCUGAUAAGCACUAUACAUACGUAGUGAGGAUCCUCAGGGAGGGUCAGAAUGAGCCUCAGUUUGUCUUCCGCACUUUUGACGAGUUUCAGGAGCUCCACAAUAAACUGACUAUCCUUUUUCCCCUCUGGAAGCUGCCGGGUUUUCCCAACAAAAUGGUGCUUGGUCGCACCCACAUUAAAGAAGUGGCAACCAAGAGGAAGCUGGAGCUCAACAACUAUGUCCACAAUCUGAUGAGGAGCUCCACAGAGGUCACCCAGUGUGACCUGAUCUACACCUUUUUCCAUCCAAUUGCACGUGAUGACAAAACUGAGGCUUUAGAUGCCACACCCAAAGCACUUGAUCCUCCACUGAGUCCCACUUCUGGCCGGGUUGAAGGAGAAGUGAAGCUCUCAAUUUCUUACAGGAAUAGCACCCUCUUCAUCAUGGUCAUGCAUAUUAGAGACCUGGUUUCUGAAGAUGGAACAGAUCCCAACCCAUAUGUGAAAACCUACCUGCUUCCAGAUCCACACAAGACUUCCAAACGCAAGACAAAAAUAUCCAGGAAAACCAGGAACCCCACUUUCAAUGAGAUGCUGGUGUACAACGGUUACAGCAAAGAAACACUUGGUCUACGGGAGCUGCAGCUGAGCGUGCUCAGUGCUGAGUCACUGCGUGAGAACUACUUUCUGGGCGGCAUUACACUCAGACUCAAAGACUUUGACCUUGGCAAGGAGACGAUCAAGUGGUACAAAUUAACGGCCGUCCCCUACUUCUAACCCCUGCCUGCCUCCGACUCCUCCAAACGAUGACAACACUUGCAUUCACAUCAAAUGGGAAAUGCGACAAAUGAGACCGUACUUGAAAACAGCGGCUACAGUUUCACUAUACAUUAGAUCUAUUCCAGAACUUGUGGCUUUAGAGAUGGAACUUGUUUUGUUUUUUGUUUUUUUGUUUGUUUUUGUUUUUUAGGAUGAGGGAUUCAUGACAAUUUCACAUUUGAAGUAUAAGCAGGAAUUUUAGUUUUUUAAAUUAAGGAAACCAAAUUUGCUAUUUCUUCUCCCGAAUCCUGUUGUAAGUGGUAUAAUUAAGAUCUCAUAGUAAGAUUAUUACAUACAUGUUGGCCUGACUUGAUUCUGCUUAAUUUUACUACUUAUUAGUUUCAUAUUGUUUUGCAGGGUAUUCCCAUGUGACAUGAAUGUGAUCCUCCAGACACACUUUCAAAGGGCAACAGGCUAUUUCACCAACCCUGGAAGGGGAACCUGGUCUCUACUUUUACUUCAUAUUUCUCCCUUUAAACUAAUCAAGAUUGUUUUUGUGACAAACAAUCUCGUUUCUCUUUCUUUAAGUAUAACAAAGAGCUGUAAUGUUUUGUACAUUUUGAUAUUAGAGGACCAAAACAGCUUACUUUCAGAAGAGUAUAUAUUAUAUAUAGACUGAAAUGUAUUUUUUAAGGAAAAGAGAGGGGCUCAUUUUUACACUUUGCUUGUUUAUUUUCUAUAUAGGUCUGUAGGAGGCAACAGAGUUUCCUGCUUUGCAGCAAACAGUCCUGGGUAGAAUAGUCCAACACACCAUUUACAAGAAAAUCUACAGUGACCUUACAAUUCCCCCAAAAUGUGCCAAACUUGAUAGAAAGGACAGAGAAUCAAACCACUCUCCCUAGUAGGGAACAGAUCAGGGUGCCUUUGUUCUCACAAUUUCUUUUUAAUGCACAACUUGGCCUUAUUGCUAUAUAUGUAUUUUUAAUAAUGUGGUAUGUCCUGAUUGAAGAAAAAAAAAAAAAGGUUCUGUAAAGUUAUAUCAGUUCUUCCAGAGCAGGUGUGGUGCCAGACCAGAGCCGUCAUGGUUCUCUCUAACAGUGGACUGUCACUAAAUGCACACUACUAGGGCUUUCUUUAGUUGUAUUACUUGAUUGUUUUUACACAGCACACUUUAAAGGGGAAAUUGUAUAAUAAGCUUUGGAACAUGCUCCUGUCUGUGUUAUGAAAGAAGAUUACGGAAGCUUACUAAUGCUGAUCUGAAGUCAGUUCAGUGGUUCUAAACCGCAACUGAAGAACCAAGACCUUUCUGGAGUCUGGACUCAAGGCUGUUGCAGUACAGGCAGCAAUAUCGCAUUCACUCCCACUGCCUAAACGUGGUGUAAUGACACUGUGAUGAAUUACUGGGCAAAAAGUCAGCAGUAACUGCCAGAGAGGUCCAGAGCCAGUAAGGUUUUAUGUUCAAGUGAGAAAAAUGUUUUGAAUGUUGUGAUUAGCAGCUUUGAUGUAAAACAUCUUUUCAAGAAGGGAACAAGAUCCUGAGCAAGAGUUAACUGCUUUCCUCUCCAUCUAACUAGAAAAAUGUUGUUAUAAAAAGAAAUUAAAAUAAAUUUACCUGAAAAGCUUUUUAAAGAUCUGCAAUACAGCUGUUAAGUCACACUAUAAAUAAUGGUGGUUUGAUCAGCUCAAAUAGCGACUGUACAAAUUAGAGUAUGUAUUAACAUGGCCAGUUAUUUAUUCUUAAUUGGUGACCUCUAGCCAGAAUGGAUCAGUGUGUACUGUAAUUCCUCUUUUUCCUAAAGCAAAUUAAAUGUUUUUUUGAACAAA